AUGCCCAUUCACGGAAACGCUGUCAAGGGUCCUAUCAUUACCAACAAAGUUUACUUCGAUAUUGAACAUGGAGGUAAAACCAUAGGUCGUAUAGUUAUGGGUCUUUACGGAAAGACCGUACCCAAGACAGCGGAGAACUUCAGGGCGUUGGCAACUGGUAAAGGAGAAAAUGGGGCUCCUUUGGGUUUUGGAUACGAGGGAUCUGAAUUCCACAGGAUCAUCAAACAGUUCAUGCUUCAAGGAGGUGACUUCACCAGAGGGGACGGAACGGGGGGAAAGUCGAUUUAUGGAGAAAAGUUUCCUGAUGAAAAUUUCAAACUCAAGCACACCACUCCAGGAGUUUUAUCCAUGGCCAAUUCUGGAAGAGACACCAAUGGCUCACAAUUCUUCAUUACUACCGUGGUCACUUCUUGGCUAGAUGGGAAACACGUGGUUUUUGGCCACGUUAUCGAAGGAAUGGAUGUUGUCUACGCCUUGGAGAAAGUGCCUACCAAGCGGGACAGACCUUUAGAAGCCGUUAAAAUUGUUCGUUCUGGCGAAUUGGAGAUGGAACCUGAAGUAGACGAACAAGGCAAUCAGGUACCUUUCCGUGUUGAACUCUGA